CGCACUGUGUUCCGAGUAGUGUCGCGAAUCUCAUUUUCGAAAGAGCACGCACACACAUGCCGCGUUGUGAAAUCAAACCAUCAGCCCGGGAAACAAGAGUACAUAUAUCACGAGCGACAAUUCUCAGUGUUCGUCGGAUGUAAUCGGUUUUGGCGCGUGUGGUUGCGUACGUGUCGCGUGACUGUCGAUUCACGUAUCUGUGCGCGCUCGACCCGAGUUACAUGAGUUAUGAGGACGGAAUGCCCGCAGGCGGUAACAGUCGUUUCCGCGGUUACCCAGCGCGGAUGUCCGAGCGACAACAGCUUGCGCUUCUUCUUCAAAUGACCUCUCAGGAAAUAGUAUCAGGCGGAAAUCGAACAGAAAACACAACAACUACUUCAAGAUCAUCAACAUUACAACAGCGAGGGUCAAAAGGCCGUUGGACUAGCAAAAAUGGGGAAUCGGCAGUCCAGGCAUCUAUUAAUCGUAAAGAAGAUUUUCGAGUGCGGCAGAUGCUCGUGAAUGGUUAUGAUAUCAACACCAAGGAAACGAAUAAUAUUACAGGUGUGAGUUCACCUGAUGAAAGUACAACAGUUGUCUCUGAUAAUCCAUGCUCUCCGGCUGAAACGGGCGCAUCAGCACCAUCAAAAGAACAACAAGAACAAGAACAGCAACAGCUUUACGAACAUCACCAUUCCCAAUUUCAACAACAGCAGCAACGUACAACCGGAAGUGCGCCAGCCGCUGCACCGCACGUUGCUGAGGACAGUGGAGCCCCCUGUGAAAUGCGGAGGACACCACCGCAAAAUAAAGUCGAUAGAUCGGGAACCGGGCAGUCUGGAAGCUCGCCGAGGGUGACGCUUCGGCUCAACCAGGUACGAGGAGCGAGGGAUGAAAAGAAAGGAGGGGGUGCUACUAACUCCCGUCAGGGCGGCAUAAACGCACAGAAUCAAAAUCAAAUGGAAACUUCAUCGAAGACGUCCUCAAACAUCUCGUCAGGGGUUGUGAACGCCGUCUCAGGCUCCAGUACCUCUGGAAACACUUCGUCUACCGGCGAUAGUAGCGAUGUGUAUGAAUUUAAAAGUUCGAAAGAGCCAACACCAGUCAGGGGUGCAAGCUCAUCGCCGAAUCCUAAUCCUGAAAAAGACAAAGAUGGUAAUAAAUCUGGCAGCAAUCAAGGCAAUCAAAGUGGUAGCAACAACGUGUCUACCGCUGGUAGUGCAACAUCUUCCGGUGAGACAACGACCGCAUCGAUUACUACCGAUGAUGCUCCUGCGAUUUCAGCGUCGCCUUCGUCUAAACGCGCGUUUGAAAGUGACAAUACAGAAGAGCAGGACGAAGAGAUUCGUCGGAAAAAACGUAAAGAUUCAGAACCUGUGAAAGAAAAUUUGAAAGGUACCACCACAGGAAGACAAAGCACUGGUAGAAAUUCCACUAAUACCGGAGAGAAGUGUACAAAAUCAGGAAAACAAGGAUCUGGAGCAACUUCGAAUAAAAACAACCAAAAUGUAACUUCGAUUAGUACGGACAGAAAAAGUCCAAGUGCUUCUUCAAUGGCAAGUAGUCCAAAGCCUUCAAAUCCUUCUGGUUCAACGACUAACUCUAAAACAACUACACCAGCACCUCCAGAAUCUGAUGGUGAAGACGAUCGAUCGAAAGGAUCAGAUUCUAAUUCAGCGCCUAAAGUACCACCUUUGAAAAUAGUUAUUCCACAAAGCACUACAUCCGAGCAAGAGCAAGGGAAUAGAAACGGAAAGAGCACAUCUAAUAGGAGUCACCAAUUGCCCUAUGUAGUUGCCAGUUCAAAUAGUAACGAUUCAACGGAUAAAGAACAGAAUCAAUCCACUAGUGGAACAACAAGUCCUACUGAAAGCGGAAAUACUAAAAAUGAGGAUAAAAAAGAUUUUAGCGGUGCUUUACAUGGAGAAGAAAGAUCAACGCAUCACCAGAGAGUGCUAAGAAGUUCGCAUAGAUCUGGUAAUGGCGGUAAUGGAUCGGCGACCUUGAAAGAAAACUCCUCUUCUUCAGGCAACGGAAAUUAUUCGAACUCGUCUCCGCUACCAGUAACUACUUCGACGGAUCGUUCCAACAAUUUGUCACCUCAACAAAGACAUCAUUCACCGACGCCUGAAACUUCUGGUUCUGAAACAAAUAAAAAUACUUCGACGGAAGUUUCAAAUAGCGGCACGACUUCAAAGACAAACAUUGUAGCAGAAAAAUCAGAAAAAAACAACGAAACUAGUGGAAAAUGUCAAAAAGAUAACGGAGCAGAAAAUUCUGAAAACACUUCUACUACUACCUCAUCGACGACAUCAAAUGUAGGUGCUUCUGCACCACCUGUUGAACUUCAUCCUAGAAAAAGAAAAAUGAAACCUAAUAAGGAAGCACAACAAGCUGCUACAGCUGCUUCUAAUGAAGCAUCGGAAGCAACGAAUACGGGUCCAGAGGUUCAUCCACAUGAUCAACCGAUUACUAAUUGUUACCAAUUAUUUUUAAAUAUUAGAAAACAGAUUGAACGAAGGAGGAAAGGCCUUUUUCCAGUCCAACCAAAACCACCUCAGGGUUUCAAAGAUUAUUUAAUGAAUCGUUGUACAUACGUGUUAGCUGGGAAUGCAAAUAAAGAGCCCAAUGUUAAUCCCCCGGUCGGAUUGCAAGGCGCUAUGAAAGACUUGUACAUUGAACAAGAAAAAGAGAGAUAUCGUCUUAGAAUGCAACAUGUUGUUGAAAAAGAAAAAUUAGUUUUAUCUGUAGAACAAGAAAUCCUUAGAGUACAUGGUAGAGCGGCUAGAGCUCUAGCUAAUCAAUCCCUUCCCUUUUCUGUUUGUACAAUAUUAAAGGAUGAAGAAGUUUAUAAUGUUAUUACUCCAGAACAGGAAGAGAAAGAUAGAAAUGCAAGGAGUAGAUAUAAUGGUAGAUUAUUUUUGAGUUGGUUACAAGAUGUAGAUGAUAAAUGGGAAAAAAUUAAGGAAGCAAUGUUACUGAGGCAUCACAAUGAAGCUGAAUCAUUACAUGCUGUACAAAAAAUGGAUUGGGAAUGGAAAUUAAAAGAAGUUGGAUUAUGUGAAUUCAAAGCAACACCUCAAAUAGAAGAUAUUCAUGUUCCAAUGGUACAUGUUUCAGAUGACUUUGAUUUGCUCCCAGCUUAGUGUACAGUGAUUGCACAAUUGACUUUGCAUAAAUAUUUCGCUCAUUCUGUGAUCUCUUUCAUAUUGUAUUCACCGUUCUUGCACAGUUACCAAAUUACACUAUAUUACUCUUAAAAUUGUAGUUACAUAUGGAGGCUAUAUUUAAAAAACAUUCGAUUCUAAUUAGACUAUAUAUUUUGUAUUUAAAUUUUUAACAAAUUUUUAACAAAAUUUAAAUAUGAGUAUACUUAUAUAUGUUAUUUCUGUUUACGUAAUAUGUUUUAUUCUCACAUUAUAUAAUUAAAAUAAUGAACAAAUGAUAUUAUCAUGAUAUCAACUGAGGAUUUGUAAUCUACAAUUUGAAUAAUAGAAAAAUGUACAUUAGUAAUUUGGUACUGUAUUUUUUAAUAAUACAGUCUCUUCGUAAUAAUGUAUAUAUUUUGUACCUAGCAACUUAUAAUAGUGCUUUUAAAUAUUGUAUUAAAAAUUUAGACUAAAAAAUCAAUCAAUAAAUAAAACUAUACAAGUAAAA